AUGGCAGAGGUUUUGACAACAUUUGGUGAAAAAACGAAAAAGUUGUAUGUCGAUCGCGUGGUCAUUAUCAGCACUUUACCGAUGCAACUGCAAUAUGAACCACGAGAACAGUUCAACGAAACCAUUUUUCGCUUGAUCAGUUUGAAAUUUGAUCUUGAAAGUGGCGCCAUCGAUCGUAUUAUUCGUUUCCCAUUGAUCAAUAGUGUUCUGGAUCAGGAGCUUGGUGUGAAGUGUUUGGUUUCAUUCUAUUCACGAGUGCAUCGAGAUCGUGUUAUCUCGCAAAAAAACCGGCUUGACCCGCCAACAACAGUUGAUUCAAUCACUGAACCUCCGAAGGAGUUGAGCGGUGAAGCAGAAUUCGAAGCAGUAGCAGCUCCGGGAAACCUUGAAAUGGCUGGUGAACGUAACAGUAAUCCGGCUGAUACUGUUGCUGUUGAUGCCGAUAGCGGAGCUCAAAGUGCUAUAGGUACUGAUGUACCGAAUAUUCCAGUAGCUCCAAUGGCAUCAGAGCAAGAUGAUGUCGUUGUUGUACGUGAUGACGACGGUGCAUCGAGACCGAUAGUUGGCAAAGAUGGCAAAAACGAAAAGAAAGGGGAAAUUGCAAAUAUCGCUCAAGAAACGGAUACUGAAGUAGUUCUUGCUGUAGUGGAAAGUUUGAAGAAUAUAACGGUAAGAAGUUUGGGUGAAGAAACGGGUCCAGAUAAAUUAACCAACAAAAUGAUUAUGGCGGAAUAUUACAAAACACUGCCGGUUGAUUGGGAUGGUGCUCCAGAAUUUCAAUGGAGGCUGUGCAAGGAUGAGUCAGACCGACGUGUGGUAAUUUUUGAAAAUGUGUUACCAGCGGAUAUGCACAAUCCUUGGUUUUAUACUGCACUUUUACGUUGUAAGCGAGUUAUUAUGGAGUUCCCGCUGUCAGCUGGAAAAAUUGAUGCGGAUUUUAAUCACUUAUAUGGACGAAUUGAAGCAUAUUUCCAAAGCGAUCAUCCCAUUGCAUACUGCGCUGUAAACAAUCUCGUUCAUAUACGAACUGGUGCACAUAGGGUGAAAAUCUAUUUACCACAAACAAAAUGGGUACGAAAAUACAAAGAAAUAUUGGAAAGCCGUUUGGGUCGAAUGCGAGAACCGAUGGAAAGUAUGCGUUAUUUAAUCGUGAAACCUGUAAAUGAUGAAGUGACGGAGAAGCAAAUUCGCGAAACUUGUUUUAAAAAUUUUCCGAUCGAAAGUAUACGUUUUGAAAGGGAUAUGUUAGGGCAACGCAUGGCUGUUUUGUUGUUUCCAACUGCUCGGGAAGCUGUGGCAGCUCAUUCUAAUAAUGAUUUUGUUUAUCUUGGUGCAAGAAAUGUAUCGAGUAAUUAUGUCAAAGUAUAUUUCCCUAAUGUGGAUUUCCAUGGAUGGGAUCGGCUUAUUGUACCAACACCAGAAACCGAUAUUUACUGUUUAUUAACCUACAAAGAAUUCAUCUCUUACACGCAAUCCAAAAAAAUUGAACAGGAACAAGAAAAGUUAUCCAAAGCAUCAGUAGCGAUAGAAACGAAGCAGGCCCGAAAUGAUGUUACAAAAGCGAUGCAAGAUCGUAAGCGUUCACAGGAAGGGGAGCAAGAAAAAGAUAUUACCGAGAGCGGUGGUGAUAAUAGUAUUGAUGGUAGUGCUCCACACGGUUGUGAGAGCAUCAAGCCUGCUGAGAAAAAUGCUGGACUGAGAAAUCUUCAAUCGAAACCAACGUUCCCAAAAAAAGGUCAGUCUUCCGGCGAUGCGAAAAGAAUAGCGGAAGAUGAUGGUGGUGGACCAUCUCGAAAACGGCGGAGAGCAGGACGGUACAGAAGGCGACGAUAUAGUCGAUCCGAUUUAUUUCGAUCGAUUCCAUCCUAUUCAAUGCCACCAGCUCCACCGCGGUAUGGAGGAGGCUACAGAGUGGAACCUUGGAGACGUCCACCACAGCCAGCUCCGUAUCCAUACGGCCCUGCUUUCGAUUCGUAUGGUUACGCAGAUGCCAGGCGAAGGAAACCACCGGGCAAAUUGCCCGUGAUGGACGUUGCCGUAACAGAUGUAGCUCCGCAUCCUCCACGUCCAACCGUUCCAUUGAGCGGUGCCAUGGAGCGCAGAAAAGAAAUGGAUUUGCAAGAGCAUAUUUUACGUCAACAAAAAGUUAUUGACGAUCUUGCAAAGAAGUUGUCCACACAAAAUACUGCACCGGAUUACAUGAGACGUCCAGAAACGAAUGAUCCGUACGCAGUUAUGCAAGUACCGUCAACAUCAUCAUUGCCAGCAGCAAGUAACACGAGUAAGAUGCCAGCGUGGGUUACACCGUCGAUAUAUGCUCAACCACAAGUUGGCAACUCUGCUGAAACAUAUGAAGCAUGGCGAUAA